AUGCAUCUGGGGGCACAGCUUAAAAAAGAAAAUAAAUCGCAAAGAAAUCAGAAAACUGCAGAGAAGAGUCCUUUUGAGAAUCGUCCAAACUUACUGAACGGAAUGUCUGAUUAUUAUACUAUUCUUGGUUGUUCUGCUUCAUCAACAUAUGAAGAGCUAAAGCAGAAUUAUUUCAAACUCAUCCGCCUACAUCAUCCUGACAAAAAUGGCAAUAAAGAGUUGUUCUGCCUUCUGGAUGAAGCUUGGAAAGUUCUUGGUAAUGCAGAGAGUCGCAAGAUGUAUGAUGCUGAAUUAAGAGCUAAGGAAAUAAGAUUUAGUCACGCGAUUGAUCAAGAACUUAAUCUUUCGGAUCUCACUUGGAAUUCUGAAUCUAGACUGUAUGAAAAACUAUGUAGAUGUGGUGGUAAAUACAUCUUGCUGGAAACAGAUGUAUCUCCAGAUAUUAUAUUAAUUGAUUGUGAUAACUGCUCUUUGAGCAUUGAAGUUGACUGUGAUAAUUCCGUGAAUAAAAUUUCUAGCUGA